AUGGCCACGCGAACGACCCUGCCCCCUCUAGACGCGGCAUGGGACCCGACCCUGCAGACCGACGACGACGACGAGUACUGCUGGACUCCGCUGCAGCUCGCCGCGCGGGGCGGGGAUCUGGAGACCAUGAGGCAACUCAUCGACAUCAGCCCGUUCACUGUGAAUGACGCUCCGCGGGGGUAUUACGGCCAGACGGCCCUCCAGGCGGCGUGCAUGCAGGGGCACGAAGAAGCGGUGCGGAUGCUGGUCGAUGCGGGGGCGGACGUCCACUACAUGGGCGGGAGUAACAUCCAGCGCAAUGCCUUGCAGAUUGCAUGCGGGCAUGGGAACGAAAAGAUCGUGGACAUUCUUCUAAGUGCGGGAGCCAGAGUGGAGGAGCGGUCAUCGUCAUCGCAGGGGCGCGGCGCGGAGGAGACAACGCAGAGAGCACCGAAAUCCUCCAUUGUCGUGGCGAGAUAUAAUGGGAGAACGGCACUGCAAGCAGCUUCAGAACGCGGCCAUGAGAAGAUCGUCGCCAGACUGCUCGAGCUCGGCGCGGAUGUGAACGCUCCGCCCUCGCCAACAGCAGGGUUCACCGCGUUGCAGGCUGCGGCAGGGAACGGCUUCACCUCAAUUGUCGAACUGCUCCUCCGCCACGGCGCCGACGUGAACGGCGCCCCCGCAAAGACGAAAGGGUUCACGGCUCUGCAAGGGGCAUGUCUACGCGGCCACCUCGACAUCGUCGACAUGCUCCUAGAGUCCGGCGCGGACGUCCACGCGCUGGGCGGCCUCUGGGGAGACGGAACGGCGCUGCAUGCUGCAGCGGAAAAGGGCCAUUUUGAGAAGAGGAAGGGGCCAGACUGCGCUUCAGAGUGCCUCGGCGGCGGGACACGAUGA